AUGGAGGCUGCCCGAGGGCGGACUGAAAGGACUUUCCGCUACGUGGUCAGGGCCCCGGGCGGCGACGGCUCUGACGUGAUGAACGUGGACAUGAAGAUCGACACCCGCUGGGUGUUCCAGGAGGCGGACGGGGGCGGCGAGGGCCCGGAGGAGAGGACCGGGAGCCCGGGCGCGGGCGAGGGGACCCCCCGGAGGCAGCUGGAGCCCCCGGAGCAGAAGCUGCCGGCGGCUGUGCACAGGCACGAGGUGGCGGAGUCGGGGCUGAGGCGCAGAAUCCGGGAGCUGGAGCUGUCGGAGCAGGCCCUCCUUGGCCGGGUGGACGUGCUGCGCGCCCGCGUGCUGCAGGAGAGAAGCGCCACCCUCCGCGCCCAGGAGCAGCUGCAGUCGCUGCAGGGGGAGCUUGCCCACCAGGACCCCCAGGCUGGAGCCGAGGAGCGCGCGGCGCGGCGGCGCCGGGACGAGGUGCUGGGGCAGCAGGCGGCGGCCCUGGAGCGCGGCGGGCGGAUCCAGCGGUGCCAGCGGGCCCUGGCGCGCGGGCAGGAGCGCGUCCUGCGGGCGCAGCUGCAGCGGCUGGAGCGGGACGUGCUGCGCCUCCGCCGCGCCGCGCGCCUCCCGCCGGCCGAGCCGGACUGCGCGGCCCGGGCGCCCGGCCCGGGCGGCCCCCAGGCGGCGCGGCCGCGCGACCUGCAGGCCCGGCCCGAGCGCGGCGCGCGCGAGCGGGAGGAGGCGGCGCGCGGGCGGCGGGACCAGCGCGCCACGGAGCGCCGGCUCCGCGCGCAGGUGGAGGAGCUGCGCUGCUGCGUGUUCGCGCUGCAGCUGUCGGAGAUCGGCCUGCAGAGCCAGGUGGAGGACCUGGCCCGGCAGAACCAGAGCCUGCGGGCGCAGCUGGGAGCGCGGGCGCCGGCGGACAGAGCGCGCAGCACCGCCCCGAGGGUCUCUGUCGCCUGGUGCGUGUGCCUGGGCUGCGGGGACCCCAUGUCAGGCCAGUUCGACUCCCGCAUCCUGGUGCUGCCAGGGGCGUCUUCCUGCUCUGCAGACAGGACUCUGAACCCCGAGAGCUGCCGGAUGUCCGGAGAGCCUUGCACCUGGGGCCACGCUGGGGCUGCCGGGGACCCUCCGGUUUUGGCACCUGACCUGGAGACCACGGCUGAGCUCCCAAGAGACCUAGUUGGAUCUGAGUGCAGCCAGCUUACCCUGGCGGAGCCCAGCUGGGAUGAAGAGCUCGUCCUCCUCCUCGGCGGCUGCCUCCCGGGACGGUGCCCGGCCAGCCCGCUCCUGCCUGUGCAGCUGGCCUGCAUUUCCGAGCAGCGGCGGGCGGGAGGCCCUGGCCCGGAGGCCUUCCUCCUGGUGCAGACGCCCACACUGCCCCACUGGAGGCCGGCUGGGGCCUCGGCCCCCCUGCUACCGCUGCUGCUCCAGGAAGCUUCCCCCGAAGAACUCCAAGCCCCCCAGGGACUGGAAGCCAGGCCCCCACCUGCUGAAGGCCGGCCCUGCCAGGGUGACGGCCGGACAAGGAGCCGAGCCGCCUCCCCGGGUCAGGAGCCCUCACACCCAGCCCCUGGGGGAGGGCCCAGCGGUGCUUGGCGCUUUUGGGCGGAGGGAGAAGAAGCCACAGUGGGGCCCGGGAGGGCGUGCCGUGGCACAGAGGAAGACCACGGUGACAGGUGCUGGCAGGGCGAGGGCAGCUGCGAGCAUCUGUACUGGGAGGCCAGUGCGGGCUCCCCAGAGGGCGUACAGAGCAAGAAGGGGGCGUCAGGAACCCAGGCCACUGCCCCCCGCCCGGGGCGCGGAGGGGAGCUUCCUCUGCUGCUUCUGCAGGGGGAGGUCUCGGUGUUGGGGGAGGAGAGCCCCACGCACCGGGGGCGGGCCGGGGGGCAGGCGAGGGCGCUGCAGCAGCUUAUCAAUGGGCCCUGCUGCAGCUGCGGGCGUGGCCCUGAGGAGGCCGGCCCCGCCGACCGCGAGGACCACGAAACGCUCUUCUUCGUGGAAGAGGAAGGGGAGACACCGUCCCCCAGAUUGGCCUUGACGGCCGAGCCCGCCAGGCACCCCUGGGCUCCGAGUCAGGGGCAGGACUGGCCUGGGCUCGGAAUAGACGAAUUUGCAAAGGAGGUGGAGGCCUGUUUGCAGCACCUCUGCCAGCUGGCUUGCGAGGCUCGUGGCCGGAAAUGGCCCCCGCUGGCGGCAGAAAACUGGACCUUUGUCCCGCGGCGGCGCGGCUGCCGGGAGGGCCAGCGUCCCGGGCGGGCCUUGGCAAGCCAGGGCGUGGAGAUGUGCGGGGCCGGGGCAGCAAACCCCACGGAGCAGCGUGCGGACGGAGAGCAGGGGGACGCCCAGGUCCCGGGAGGUGGCGGCGUCCUCCCUGGCGCGGGGCCUGGCCUGGACGGCAGGAGCCGGGGCCCCCCCGACGAGCCCCCGCAGCCACUUGGGACCCGGCUCCCUCAGCAGCUCCACAUCCUGGAGAGGGCUAGGAGGAGGCUCCACCAGCUCGUUUCCGGACUGAAGAAAGAGAGAAGCCAGGUUUUACGUGAGAACGCCAGGCUCCAGGGAGACCAGGAGAGAUGGCGCCGGAGGAUGCGCUCCCUGCAGGAGGAGCGGGAGAGGGACGCGCAGAGACUCAGCGCCCUGCAGCGGGGCGAGGGCGCGCUGGCCGGGGACGUCGCGCGCUUGAAGAGGGAGCUGGACCAGUACCUGCGGGUCAUUUCGGACCUGGAGGACUGCAACCGCGACAACUACAGCAAGAUUUCCGAGCUCGAGGAAGAAAACGAGAAGCUGAAGGGGCGCGUGAGCCGGCUGCUGGAGGCCGCGGCCGGGCGCGCUGGCCCCUCCCCGGGCGUGCUGGAGCAGGCCGCCCUGGACGCCUGGGAGCUCAAGGCGCGGCUUUCCGGGCUGGGGGUCAGUUACAAAGAGCUGGUGAGGGACGUGGUGCUGGGGGUAGAAGACCUGGUGCGAGCCUGCAGGGGGGAGAACGAACAGCUUCUGCGCAGGAUCAGAGUCCUGGAGAGGGAUGUGGUGCUGGGGGUGAGAGCAGAUGCCAGGCCUUUGGGGGCAGCCCGGGAGCUCGUCCAGGAAAGAAGCACCGUAGGCCAGGGGACUGCUGUGGAGAAGGGGGUGCAGGUGAGCCAGUUUUCGGGGCAACUGAUUCCAGGCGUCACCUUGGAGGAAGACAUGAGCAUGGCUGGAGGGUGGCGGGGACCCUCCUUGUGUGCGGAGAAUUCCAGCUGUGGCCCGGAUGCUGGUUCUGCUGCCCCCGUGCUGCCCGGGGGAUGUGCUGGAGCGGCUGGUGCCCGGCCGGGAGACACGGAUGGAGCAGGAGGGAAAGAAGCACCCUCGGAGGAAGAGGAGGGAAGGCCGUGGAGUCCAGCAGACCCAGGGCAGACCCUGCGCACCCUGGACACCCAGCGCCGGGGCCUGGAGGCCGAGUCGCCGUCGGAGGAGGACCUCAGGCUGUGUGUCCGGCGGCUCCAUCUCCAGGUGGCCACGCUGCAGUGCCGGCUCCGAGACCAGGGCUCCGCCCGCGAGGAGGCCCUGCGCCUCCGGGACCAGCUCAAGGGCAAGCUCGACGAGCUUCAGAAAAACCAACGAGAAGCGAAUUUGGCGGUGAUGCCGCUGAAGGCCCAGCUGGCGUCCCUGGUGCAGAAGUGCCGGGAGCGGAACCGCCUGAUCUCGCGGCUGCUGCAAGAGCUGCACAGACACGGGACGGCCGACCCCCUGCUGGCGGAGCGGGCGCGCAGCAUGGUGACCGACGUGGCGCUGGCCGAGUACGUGGCCACUUUCCUGCCAUCGGAUGUCCCAGAGCCUCCCCUGCCCUCGGGCCUGGCGCCUGAUCCUGGACCCAGCCUGGCUGCAGUUUCAGCAGAACCAGGAGUCCAGGAAGAACCAGGAGUCCUGGAGGCACCAGGAUUCUGGGCAGAACCAGGAGUCCGGGCGCGACAUCCACAGGAGAAAGGCGCCAUGUCCCACGCUGUUCUCCAGGCCGACGGCCUCGCGCCCCCCUCUGAGCUCCUGAGCCCCGUGAGGAUCCUAGCUCUCCACAAAGAGCUUAGACAGAGCAUUGGCAGUCAUCCCCAGGUCGAUAAAUCACCGCUGGAGUUAUAA